AUGACAGUCGAGAAGAUCCUGAACGAGCGAAGAAAACUCAUUGCGGGUUUGGAGGCUGUACCCGUAGGGCUCGUAAAGCGCUUGGAAAGAGUUGGUGAUUCAGAUCUGCUGUCCAGCUCUCAAAGCUCCAACUCUCCGUUAGAAUCAUCCGUCCCUGAGGAGCCCAAAAUCAUCUCCCUCCCUUGUGCUCAUGUCUUCCACGAAUCCUGUUUGCUCCCCUGGUUUACAAGGGCGAAGCAAGCGACGUGUCCAACAUGUCGAACUACCAGUUCACCGCUUCCUUAUCAGCCUUUCAACUUUGGAGCACCUCGUUCAGCUCCACAAGCAAACGGUGCUGCUCCUGCUGCCCAAGCAGCUCCCGCGCCUGCAUCUGGUGCAGCACAACCUGUACCAGCUUCUACUGCCGAACAACCUGCGGCCGCUCCUCCGCCUGCAGGACCCACCGCCUUUGAAGCUGCAGCGCUGAGCCAGCGCCUCAGCCUGCAAGCUAACCAAGUUCCUCCUAAUUUCUUCAACCCUGGCCAACCUGGCCAGGGCUUCACCUAUCGAACGGCGUAUCCGCAGGCCUGGAGCCACUGUACAUAUCCUGCAGUUUCCCGAGGAAACGCUUUCCAGGACUUCUUUCGUCGUGCUGGAGCAGGCCCCAUGCCACGCCUCCAGUUCCUCGAACACAUAACCGUCCCUUCGGCGGGCCGCAAAGCAGGCGACUUCAUGACCAUCGGCCUUGAUCUGAUCUUCAACGAAUCGUUACCCGCAGAUAUGCCACUGCCGCAGCAGCAGCCUCACACACAGGGGCAGUCCCAGCCACAAGGGGAGCCGGAAUCACAGCAGCAGCCUCAGCCUCAAGAUGGGGUCCAGGAGCAGCAGCAGAACCAACCUCCAGGGCAAAGGCAAGGCCGAGCACCGCCUGUCGGCGAGGUGCCCCAGGAGUUCGAGUUCCAAAACUUUAUCAACAAUCUCAUUCAAAAUGCUACACGUACUUCAUCCCAUCCCAAUGUUCAACAACGGACCCGCUGCACCAGAGGGGCAGCCUCAGCCUGCACAGGGCAGGAGCCACCUGCUGAUGAAGCCCAGGUUCCUCCUAUUAAUGCGCCUCCGCCCCAUCCAGGCGGUGCUUCCCUACCGAUACCGCCAUUCAACUUCCCACACACGCACCCUAUCCGCCCGACGCGCCCAAUGCCUCCGCGCCGCGAGAGGAAGACAUGGAUGCUGCUGCCGCACCCGCAGAAGGAGCGCGAGGCGGGCCUACGGUGCUACGAUCCGUCGUGUGGCAUUGGCCCGUCUGACGAAGACCCCGUCCCUGAAAUACUGGCUGAGUCAAUGAAGCAGCUCUCAAUACAUCCAUUAUUGCAUCCUGGAGAAGGAUCUUUGUGCGCGCACACAUUCCACCCUGCGUGCUUAGUUAGUGCGGAGCGCGUUGCCGGAUGGGGCGCGGAAGAUAAAACGGAGCCGCACGUGGAGGUGGUCGUGCCCAGUAUGCCGGAAGAGUGGGAGGAGGGCGUAUUGGCUCUCUGAAUGAUCGAUCGAUAUUGUGAUCGUCCGUUCAUUUUGCAUGCUUCUUGGAAGUAUACCUGUAUGGUGAGUGACGAUGUGUAAUGUUAGGAAAGCUGUGUGUCUAAUCGUAUACAGUCUUGUCUCUAGUAAUGAUGUUUCAUAACCCACGAAAUAUGUGACUUCUCGGAUUAUUUUACGUCUCUAGAUUGUUAUUUUCAUUGCCUGUUAUCGCAACAUAGUUACGUGUAUGUAUGCCUCAUUCUAAUUGCACACACGCAAUACAUGCAUUCAUGAACCUUCAAAUACUCAUCGAACUUUAUCGCCGCA